AUGUUUUCAGACGUUUUUCGGCACAAUGGUUGCCUCUGCCCAUGCAAACCGUUCGAGGAGAAAGAGUACUACAUUCCCAUAAGACGGACAAAUAAUUGGUUCGGUGCACUUGCAUUUUGUCAUAGUGUCGGAAUGGAGAUCGCCGAGGUGCUCAACGAAGCCGAAGCUAAAGCAUUGCGCCAAGUGAUAAUCGAGGAAGAAUCUGAUAACGAUAUGGAUUUCUUCUGGAUUGGGGCGAAUGAUUUGGGCACACAGGGUGCCCGCCGUUGGGGACUAACCGGACGUCUGAUAACGUACAGCAACUGGACAGCAGGCGAACCAAAUAACGCUCUCUCCAGCGAUGGCCGGGAACAGACGGAACGAUGUGCAGCCAUCGCAAAGGAUACGCUCGAAUGGAAUGAUUUUCAAUGCACAGAUAGUAAAAAAUUCGUUUGUCAACAGUUUCGCGAUGAGUGAAGUG